GUUGUUGGUUUGGCCCCUUUCUCCAUCCAUUUUGGCUUAGCAAGUUGUCUGGGCCAUAUCACACUCUGUUAGCAUAUGGAGAAGAACACUCCAUUGUUGACAUUGAGAAGAGAAGAGAAGCAGGAGAAUGCAAUGGGGGCUUUGUACAUGUCAGUUAUGGAGAUACUCUUGUUCCUCUUCAUAUUCAUAUGCUCUCUCACACCAAUCUCACAGUCACAGGGAUUACAUCAAUCUCCCCCUUUUCUCUUUGGCACUUCUUCUUCUUCGUACCAGUAUGAAGGAGCUUAUUUGAGUGAUGGCAAAGGGAUAAGCAACUGGGAUGUCUUCACUCACAAACCAGGUAGUAUAUCUGACGAAAGCAACGGUGAUGUUGCUGUUGAUCAAUACCACCGGUAUCUGGAGGAUAUUGAUCUAAUGGAAGCUAUAAAAGUCAAUAGCUACCGGUUUUCAAUAUCAUGGGCAAGAAUUCUACCAAAAGGAAGAUUUGGAGAAGUAAACUUGGCGGGUAUCAACUACUAUAACAGACUUAUAGAAGCAUUGCUACUCAAAGGGAUCCAACCAUUUGUAACAUUAUUCCACUUUGACAUCCCUCAAGAACUUGAGGACAGAUACGGAGGUUGGCUUAGUCCCCAAUCACAGGAAGAUUUUCAAUUAUUUGCAGAUAUCUGUUUUAAAUCCUUCGGUGACAGAGUAAAGUACUGGGUAACCUUCAAUGAGCCAAAUUAUCUAGUCCCACUUGCGUACCGUUUAGGUAUAUUCCCACCAUUGCGCUGCUCCAGCAAAUUUGGGAAUUGCAGUGAGGGAGAUUCAGAGAAAGAGCCCUUUGUGGCAGCCCAUAAUAUGAUCCUAUCACAUGCAGCUGCAGUUGAUCUUUAUAGAAACAAAUACCAGACUGAGCAGGGGGGGGAAAUCGGCAUUGUCCUACACUGUGACUCAUUUGAGCCGUUGAGCAAUUCCACAGCAGAUAAAUUGGCUACUGAAAGAGCACAAUCAUUCAGCAUUAAUUGGAUCUUGGAUCCAAUCUUAUUUGGUAAGUACCCAAAAGAGAUGGAGAUGAUUCUAGGAACCACCUUACCUAAAUUUUCCAGUAAUGACAAAGCAAAACUGAGGCAAGGACUGGAUUUCAUUGGCAUAAAUCACUAUGCAAGUUAUUAUGUACGAGACUGCAUAUCAUCAGUGUGUGAAUCUGGGCCAGGAGUUUCCACAACAGAGGGUUUAUAUCAACGAACUACAAUCGGAGAGCUUACUCCGUUUGAUUGGCUCAGUGUUUACCCACUAGGCAUGAAGAGUAUUCUUAUGUAUCUAAAAGACAGAUAUAAUAACACUCCAAUGUUCAUUACCGAAAAUGGAUAUGGCAAUUUGUAUGAUCCAGAUCUUACCGAGGAAGAAUAUCUUAAUGAUUUUAAGAGAAUAGAGUUCAUGUCUGGUCACUUAGAUAAUCUAAUGGCUGCAAUAAGGGAAGGAGCAGAUGUGAGAGGUUACUUUGCCUGGUCUUUGCUCGACAACUUUGAGUGGCUAUAUGGGUUUUCAGUGAGAUUUGGACUUCACCACGUAGAUUUUUCCACGCUGAAGAGAACUCCAAAAUUAUCAGCAAUUUGGUACGAGCAUUUCAUUGAAAACUAUAAACUAACUGAUAGCAUUGUGCCCGAACAUGGCAGAGAAAAGGGAAUCUGGAACAAGCCAACUACCCAACUCAGAACCUUAGUAAGUCCAGAGCCUAGAAUGAAUAACUUGGAUUAAUUUGCAAUGAAAUACCAUAUGCUUUCUCUUUUGAAUCUUUAUAUUUGAUCCACCACUUUUCGGACUUGAACAAGAUUGUUAACGACAACUAAGUCCUUUCAAUCGUUCUUAGCAUUUUUUAGUGUAUAAAUUAUACUAAUUAUGA